AUGACCGCAUCAGCAAUAGUAAGAUUGGUCAGUACAUUCAAAGAGCCAGGACCAAUUUUGAAYGUAUGGUAUAUUGGUGCCAAUGGUGAAGCAUAUGAAGUUUUAUCUUGGUCGCAAGGAGUCGUCAAGAUUUUAAAAUUCAUACCUUCACCUUUACCGGAAUGGAAAUUUCGACAAGACCCAUUUGCUCAUAAAAGGCCAUUAAUUGCGUUGUGUGAUAAUUCUGGUCCUGGACCACAGUUUUGUUCUGUCAGUUUUAUAUCAUUAACAUGUGGAGAUGUGGUAAAAUCAAUCAAAUUUAAAAAUACUGUAGUCGACAUUGCUGUAAAUAGGUUUGUUAUAGCAGUAGUAUUUGUAGAACGUAUUGCUGUAUUUGAUGCCCUCACUGUGGAAGACAUAACUACAAUUACUACAUGUUAUCCUAGUCCUGGAAUUAAGUUAAACCCAAUUGCAUUAGGAACAAGGUGGUUGGCAUAUGCAGAUCAAAAGUUGAUUUCCUGGAAUCGAUCUACGGGUGGAUAUGAGGGCGAGAAUGGUCAUUCUUAUACAGCUACGGUUUUGCAUGCAGCAAAAUCAUUGAGCCAAAGUUUGAGAGAUUUAAGUGGCUCUGUAGCAAAUAGUAUUACAGGCGUGCACAAUUCAAAUUCGACUCAUAACAUAUCAGUUGCAAAUGAUUCCAAUCAAAUGAAUCCAGGCAUAAUUACUAUAAUUGAUAUCAAAAAUAAAGUGUUAAAGGAGAAUACACCACAAGGCCCUGAUAUUAUUGCUCAUUUUUCAGCACACUGUGAGGCUAUUGUGGCUUUGAAUUUUGACCAGUCUGGUCUUAUGUUAGUAACUGCUGAUAAAAACGGUCAUAGGUUUAAUGUGUUCAAAGUACAUCCUAGUAUAUUAGGUUCUUCAUUUACAGCUGUUCAUCAUUUGUAUACAUUACAUAGAGGUGAUACAACAGCUAAAAUUCAAGAUAUUCAAUUCUCAAGUGAUUCAAGAUGGGUGGCUGUAAGUUCACUUAGGGGAACAACUCAUAUAUUCCCAAUUACACCUUAUGGUGGACCUAUCGGUCUACGUACCCAUUCGACGCCACAUAUUGUAAAUAAACUAUCAAGGUUUCAUCGCAGUGCUGGUUUGGUAACUGAUGGUCGAAAUAGUCCUGUGAUGACAGAAUCAUUACAGAAUUCUCAAAUUUUAUUGCCAUACUCUAAUCCUUGUGUUUCACCUGUACCACAUUCAAYUAUUGUUCAUUCAUUGUGYCAAAUCCGAUCACAGAACAAUAAAUUAAAACCUGAUGAAACUGGGAUAACAACAUGUAUUAGACUCUCUAUUUGUUUUUCCCAUGGUCGUGUAUUGGAUACAGCUAUGAUCAGAGAAAUGUCUAAUUUAACAUAUAAUCCCAAGAAA